CUCAAAUCCCCCAGGAAGCUCCAAUCCCUCAGCAAUCAUACGAUUCAUGCUACCUCCAAGUCUCAACCACAACUCUUCAAAAUGAUGCGCAUUGUCAACAGGCGGGCUGUGUCAAUCAGACCCAUCUGCUAUCUGAAAGCCAAUAAAGACAUGCACUACCUGUACAGUAAUCUGACCACAGCGAGCCAAAUCGAUGCAAUGGCCAUCCUCGACCGCCAAAUACUCCGACCAGACAGAGCAGAGACAUGCCAAUCUGGCACCGACGACGAAGUAGCACGUCACAAAUCACCGUACGACCCUACACAAACAGCAGUGGAGAAAGAAGUAUCCGCUCUGCGGGAAGAAUACAGACGGGAAGGGGACCUCCUCCACGAUCCACUAGCAGUCAGCCCUGCAAACCAACAAGUCAGUCAUAUUUUGCAGUUGGAAGAGGAGCGUGCAAUUCCCGGAUGGAACUGGAACCCACUGGGUAGUGUCAGGGGUUGGACAAGUAAACACAGAACGCCUCUGCUGCGAAGGGAGCCGUAUGCCUUUCGAGCAUAUGAAAUUGUGUUUCCACAUUCUGGGAAGUACAGAAAGAAGAGCGAAACGGUACAGGCCCACGGUCACCAGUAGCACCAGUAUGGCAUCCAACAUUCGAUGUCAACCAUCCGAGCAAUUGAUUUUUUGAAUACGUCGAUAAUAUGCCGGGAUAAUGUGAAUACAAAUUUGCUCCGGAUCUAGGCGCUGGGAUGCAGACUGGCUCUGCAUGGACAAUAUUGUUAGCCUUGAAGCUUAAAAAUGAAUCAAUGCACCUAUCCUAUGAAAACCCCUCUUGACUAUUC